CCUUUCUUUGGGUUUCCUUUAGGUAAGCCAAAGUUAAAAAUCAAAGUGAAAGCAGCUCCGUUUCAUAAAAUUAUUUUCCUUUUGUUUUCUGUUGUAGCAGGAGUACUGGUAAUAUGCAGCAAAAUUAUUCCCUGAUUAGCCAUACCAGUAUUGCAGCACUUAAGAAAAAAUAUUAUUUUUUGCUUUAGCACUAGUAUGGUCUGUUUUGUUCAGUGAUAGCAGAACUUCAUUCAAUAUUCACUUCAUGAUUUUUCAGCCUAGUUGGUGUGGGUUGUAUUCAAGGAAGUUGUGUUGUGAUCUGUGCUUUAAUGUUAGACUUUGGUUGGAUCUUUAACUAUAAUCAGAUACAUUUGACUGGUAACCAUCAUAGACCUACCUGUUCCAAGCUGGUUUCACAUCACUUUUUGAGUGCUUGUGAGUUCUAAGUCUAAAAAGAAACUGUAUUUGGAUUCUACAAGUGCUUUUCUCUACCAGUAACUAUGGAGUAUCCAGUGAUUGUCCCCUCUUUUUAUAUGGAGAGGAGGACUCAAAGGACAGAAUCAACCAGGCCCCAGUCCCCUGGGGUGACAACACCAACAAGAGAUUCCAAGAUAUUACGGGUGAAGAUGGUGCUGCUGGGAAGCACCGGCGUUGGGAAGUCCAGUUUGGCAUUACGAUUCAGCAAGAAUGAUUUUAAGGAAUCUUCCCCGACCGUAGGCUGUGCCUACCUGACCCAGGUGGUAUGUCUGAGUGAUGUCACGCUUCGCUUAGAAAUUUGGGAUACGGCGGGACAGGAGAAGUACCACAGUGUUACUCCGCUCUACUACAGAGGAGCCCACGUGGCACUGGUGGUGUAUGAUAUCAGCAAACGGGAGAGCUUCAUCAGGGCUCAGCUGUGGCUUAGGGAGCUGCAGCAGCACUAUGUCCCAGGUUCCACAGUGAUGGUUCUAGUGGGGAACAAGUGUGACCUUUCAGAUAUACGCCAGGUUACAUUACAGGAAGGAAACCGUCUGGCCAUUGACAGAGGCUUGCUUUUUAUGGAGACCUCUGCCAAGUCAGGAAAUCAAGUCAGUGAACUGUUGCUGGCUAUUGCCCACAGAGUGAAGGGGAAUUUGACUGAGUAUCAAGGCGGACUGACAGAGUCACGGGAGAAAGACUUGGUAGAACUGAGCCGCUCUGAGACCCUACAGCACUCAUCCUGUUGUCCCUCCUUUGGACCUUAAUGUGUGUUAGUGUGUGUGUGUUUAUGCGUUUGAGAUUCAAAAACCUAAGACUUAUCAAUAUCAAACCUUGUUUAGUAUUUGUAUAUUCUGUGGAUCUUUGACUUAUGUACAUAUUUUUAUACUAAAUGAAAUAAUAAAG